CACGGCAUCACGGUGGAUUGUUGGUCGUCGAUUUGGCUGGUUGUGGGUUGCCUCGCCUCGCCGCCCGACCGGCUUUGUUUGGUUUUUGAUAGACCUCGAUAAUCUGUUUGUUACACGGAGCUAAAGUGCGGCCUAUACGUAGAGCACUCACCUCCUCCACGAUACUAUACAACAACCCCUCCCGCACUCAACGAAAUGAUGUUCCUUUCCGUAUGCACUCUUCUAUUGGUUUCCUACAAUCUCUCCGGUUCCAAUGCUCAGCAUAUCCCUCCAAGCCCGCCCUGGCAUCUUGCCGUUCCCGGCCCGUCGUUUCGUCCGGUCGUUGUCGAAGAGUGGAUGACAAUCCAUCAAACCGUAACCGUCACGGUAAUUCAGUCUAUCUUGUCUACGAAUACGCCGAGGCCAGCGAUAGCCUCGUCUACGAAUACGCCGAGGCCAGCGAUAGCCUCGUCUACGAAUACGCCGAGGCCAGCGAUAGCCUCGCUUCCGGACCUAGCGGUGCCAAAGCUAGACCCGGCGGCCGGCACGUACGCCAACGUCUUCCUUGUCGGCGUGUUCCUGCUCUUCGUCAUGGUGGUCGUGUACCUUGGAGCAUACGCUUCCUGGCACAUCUUCAGCAGGUGCAGGCGGAGGUGGAUGCUGGGAAGCAAGUACGAGAUGGAGCUACGCGAGGCGCGGGUGCGCGUGGGCGAGAGUGCGGGCUUGAGUGAUGUGGGCAGUGCUGGUAGGGUGAUUACGCAGCCGGCGGUGGGAAGGAGGGCUGGGCUUUGGUGGCGGGCAGACCACGCAGGGAGAGCUACGGAGAGAGAAGGCGGACGACGUGCAUUGCGGUUCAGCGGAGUGGAAUCUAAAGGGACCCAGAGGCUGAGAGGAUCUGUCGUUCUGGAGGAGGUAUAGCCGCCAUUGUUGAUGAAGGCAUUUGGAGAUGAUCACAGGGUUAGUGUACAGUAUCAGUUGUUACGGUGUCACUGAAGGC